AUGGUUGCUUCUGUAAUUGGUAAUGAAAACACUUUCUGUAUUAGGAAAUUGCAACUAGAGCACACCUGUGCUCCAUCUGGUGAGAACUGCAAGGUACCAACAAGGUUUGUAGCAAAAGCAAUUGAGGAUAGCAUGAGGACAGAUCCUAGAGCAGGAGUUGAAACUGUCAUGGAGAAGACAAAGGAGAAAUUUGGUGUGGAGGUUGGAAAGAACAAGGCCUAUAGGGCAAGGCAGAAAGCUCUUUCAGUUGUCCAAGGUGAUCCAGAAGCACAAUACACAAGGAUCAGAGACUAUCUACAAACUGUAUUGGACACCAACCCUGGGAGCAGAUGCAUUGUCACCACAAGAGUUGUGAGAGAGCACCCUAGUCCCAAUCCAAGAUUUCAUAGACUUUUCAUGUGUCUUGGAGCACAAAUAGAAGGAUUUUUGAAAGGGUGUAGACCUUUCAUUGGUCUGGAUGGAUGUUUUGUGAAGCUGAAUAUAGGACAACAAAUAUUGGCUGCUACAGGCAGAGAUGGAAACAAUAACAUCUUUCCAUUGGCCUUUGGAGUGGUUGAAAAGGAAGACACCGCAAGUUGGUCAUGGUUUUUAACUCAACUAAAGAUUGCUAUUGGUGGUGAAUGUGGACAGUUUGGGUACUACACAAUAAUCUCAGACAGGCAGAAGGGCCUUCUUAAUGCCAUAACCCACAUUUUUCCCAACUGCCCACAAAGAUAUUGUCUAAGGCACAUUUAUGCAAAUUUUCAACAUGCUGGGUUUAGAGGAGAUGAACUUAAGAAAUAUAUGGAUGCAGCUACAUAUUCAUACACUGAGGAUGGUUUUAAUGUUGCAAUGGAAGAAAUGAGGAAAGAAAGUGAGGAUGCUUGGGCUUGGUUAAAGGGAAUUCCUGUUGAAACAUGGGCUAGGCAUGCUAUGGACAAGAAUUGUAAAACUGACCUAGUAGUUAAUAACAUUAGUGAGGUAUUCAACAUGAUGAUUUUAGAUAUUAGAGGAAAACCCAUUAAAACAAUGCUUGAAGGAGUAAGGUCUAAGUUGAUGGUCAAGUAUAAUGAAAAGAGAAUUGGGGGAGAGAUUGCUAGAUGGACAAUUACCCCUACAUAUUCAGAAAAACUGGCAGAGUCCAAGGAAUGGGCUAGGAACUGCAAAGCUUUGAUGGCAGGCCCAGAUUUGUAUCAAGUCAAUAGUGGGGAGAAAUCAUAUGCAGUCAAUUUAAAGUAUUGGACUUGUGGCUGUGGAAAAUGGGACAUGACAGCCAUACCUUGCAAUCAUGCUGUCUCUGCAAUUUAUAAAUCCAAACAACAUCCAGAAGAUUUUGUGCAUCAGUUCUUUAAGAAGGAAAUGUAUUUGGAAGCCUACAAGCCAAUGAUAUACCCUGUUCCUGGACCUGAUCUAUGGACAAAAACUGCUACAAGAGACAUUGACCCCCCGUUUUCCACAAGAAGAAGGGUAGGAAACAAACAAAGAGGAGGAAGGGCAGGUUUGAAGUGCCUAAACCUAAGGACACAUCAGGGGACAAUUACAUGCAGUAACUGCAGCAAGCAGGGCCACAGGUACACAAAUUGUGGGGAUGCUUUGAAGCCAGCACUUGCUGCUAGGAAGAACAAACACAAGGAAAACAGGGGUGCACCAUCUUCUGUACCAAGGUCUGCACCAUCUACUGCUGCAGCUCCAUCUGCUGGAUCACCAGCUGGGAGAGCACCACCAAGGGCAGCUAGCUCAGCAGCUCCAGCAAGCAGGGCAAGUAGCUCAAGAGCUCCAGCAAGCAGGGCAAGCAGCUCAAGAGCUCCAGUAGCAAGGGCAAGCACAUCUGGUGCAGCAACAAGGAGAGCUUCAACAGCAGCAGCUACCCCAGCAGCACCCUUCUUGCCACCAAGACAGAGGAAAAAACCAUCCAGGCUCAGAGAUUACUUUUAUGCUUCAGGGAACUAA